AUGGCAUUUCGUUGCUUAAACUUACUGAAAAAUUUAAAGAACGGCAGUUCAACUAUAAUACGACAAAGUUUAUUAUCUACAACUACUAUAACAAAUAUAUCUCAACAAAAGAUACAAAGUAUCAAAGAAUACAAAACAGAAAAUAACAUCACAUAUUUAGAAGACCCGGACACCUUUGGAACCUUGUCUGGACAAAAAGUCAUCAAAGAAACAUUAGAAGAUGAAGGAGAUAUAAAGGAAGAAAAGUAUUUGCAAGAACAACCAUUAAUAUCUCAAAAGUUAACUAUUAAACAGUAUGCAGACAUAAUAAAGCAAUAUUUACAACAUAAAAGGAUCAAAGAAGCUAUUGAUGUUUUAGAAACACGUAUGCUUAAAGAAGAUAGAGUUAAACCUGAAAAUUACAUUUAUAAUAUACUUAUUGGUGCGUGUGCUGAGGUUGGAUAUACAAAGAAAGCAUUCCAACUAUAUAAUGAUAUGAAACGACGCGCAUUACGCCCCACAGGCGAUACUUAUACGUGUCUUUUUGAGGCAUGCAUCAAUAGUCCUUAUCCCUCAUAUGGAUUGAAAAUGGCUACACACCUUCGAAACUUAAUGAUAGAAAAAAAUAUUGAACCUAAUUUAACUAAUUAUAAUGUUAUGAUCAAAGCAUUUGGUAGAUGUUCAGAUCUACAAACAGCAUUCAAAAUUGUUGAUGAAAUGAUGUCAAAAAAAAUUAAAAUAAGAUCCCACACCUUCAAUCACCUGCUACAGGCUUGUAUAACAGAUAAAAAUCAGGGUUUGAAGUAUGCUCUCAUUGUUUGGAGGAAAAUGUUGAAUAUGAAGGAAAAACCUAAUCUAUAUUCAUUUAAUUUAAUGCUGAGAUGUGUUAAAGAUUGUAAUGUUGGUACUAAAGAGGAUCUUCUAGAAGUUAUUGGAAUUAUUGAGGCAAAUUUACCACUAACAUCUGUAGGAAAAUUGAAACAAAUAGAGGGACAGCAACAGAGAUUAAUAUCUGGUGCUCCAAAUGAUAGAAAUAUGAUUGAAGACCAAUCAUUUGUACAUUCAUCUAGUGAUUUGGAACAAAAUGUUGUCACUAAAGCAGAUGAAAAACAUGUUAAACCAAAAGAAUUCUCAAAAAGCUCAUCUGAUGGAGAGUGUUCAUCAACAACAGACCUUACAGAUUUAGCAGUAGUUAGCCAAAAUCAAAACACAUUAGAAAUUGUUGAAGAUUAUAAGAAAACAGCACCUCCGCCUAAGAGAUAUGCACCCAACUUACUUUCAAAGGUUGUACAAAUAGAUCAGGUACUAGCAUUUCAAGAUGUUAGUACACCACAAGAAAAAUUUGCAAUAAUAGGGGGACAAGAAGAUUUUCUCAAUGAAAUGGAUGUUUAUUCAAUUAAGCCAGACAUUAAAACCUUCACACAAAUGUUACCGCUUAUAGAAAACAGUACAGAAGCUGAGAAUAAACUAAUAAGUACAAUGAAAUCAUUGAAAAUUAAAAGGGAUAUAGAUUUUUAUAAUAUGUUAAUAAAGAAAAGGUGUCUCAGAAUGGAUUAUGAUGGUGCCUUUAUGGUCAGGAAUAUGAUAGAAGAGGAUAAUGCAAGUCAACGAAAACACCCUUUUAAUAAAAAACAUAAAAUAAAAGUUGACAUAAUGACUUAUGGUGCUCUAGCUUUAGCAUGUACCACAAGAGAAAAGGCUGAAAAAUUACUUAAUGAAAUGAAGGAAAAACAAUUGAAGGUUAACAUUGAAAUGUUAGGAGCUUUAUUAAAAAAUGCCGCCAUAAAUAUGCAAUUUGGAUACGUACUUUAUGUUAUGGAUAUAGUUAAACAAGAAAAACUUAAGGUUAACACUGCCUUUUUGAGACAUUUGGAGGCUUUCAAUGACAGAUGUUUAAGAAGUAUAGAGAAGAGUGAAAAAGAGAAGAGGGACAGUCCAGUACUCAAAGCUGCUUAUAACAGGUUUAGUGACAUUUAUAGUAAUUGGAUAAAAGACGUGAAUGCGGAAGAAGCCUUAAAACCUGAAAAUCCAUGGAAACAAUUCACAGAACCCCAUCCUACUACAGUACAGAGAGAACAAUUCCAAAUUGUUGAACCAAAGAGGUUUUAUAAGAAACAACGUCACUACAGACCAUAUGCGCCAAGGUUAAAAUAA